AACAGCAUGCCACAAAUACGCCCCCUGUCGGCGAGCCUGCAACGUACAGCCAUUGAGGAGCUGAACGAGGUGCCAGAGCGCCUGGAUGCGGAUAUCGCGGCACUGCGCACCUGGAUCGAACAGCAGCCGCAUAUGCGCGCCCGGCGCGAUGAUCAGUUCCUGGUGGCCUUCCUGCGCGGCUGCAAAUUCAGCCUGGAGAAGGCCAAGUCCAAGCUGGACAGGUACUACACACUGCGCACACAGUUUCCCGACUUUUACACCAUUCGCGACGUGGACAGCGAACGUAUCCACGAGCUGCUGCGCCUGGGCGUGGGGCUGCGUUUGCCGCGCCCCCUGCACGAUGAUGGACCCCGCCUCAUCUAUGUGCGGCCCGGCUGCUAUGCGCCGGACAGCUUUAGCUUUGAGGAGAUUAUGAGCGUGUCGCAUGCUUUGAGCGCGUUGAGUCUGCAAUUCGAUGACUAUGCCAUAGUCCAUGGCUGGCUGAUGAUACUGGACUUUAGCGGCUAUACGCCGGCCCACCUGAUGCAGAUGACGCCGAGCACACUCCAGAAGAUGUCCGUCUUCGCAGAGGACGCGAUGCCCGUGCGGGACAAGGGCAGGCACAUGAUAAACACCAAUGCUGCCUUCGAGGUGGGCUUCAACAUGAUGCGAUCGAUACUGCCCGCCAAGCAACAGGGACGCAUCUCGGUGCACGGCAGCAAUCUGGAAUCGCUGUAUUCACACAUACCGCAAAGGUAUUUGCCCACACAUCUGGGUGGUGAGCAGGGCACCAUUGAGGAGCUCAAGCAGCUCAUGUGGGCGACCUUUCAGGAGCAGCGCGAAUACCUAAGGGCGGAGGCAGACUACGGCGUAGAUGACAAGCUGAGACCCGCCGGACAGCGUUACGACUACAACAGCAUCUUUGGUGUCGAUGGAUCAUUUCGCAGAUUAAACUUUGAUUAAUUUCAGUUUUUAGCAAUGCAAAUGGAUACCUGUUCAUAC